UCCUCCUACGGAUACGCCAUUCCCCAUCACCUCCCAGCCUCCCAGCCACCCCCCCACAGCCACCACGACUCCGACCAUCCCGAUCUCCGGCCACCGCCACCAUGUCGUCCACCGCCGCGUUCCUCCUCCGCCCCACCUCCGCCACGACUAACCCUCUCGUCCAGCUUUCCACCGCCAACUCCAGCCCCAAAUCCCACUUCCUCCGCCUCCACUCGCCGCGCCGCCGCCUGCCCCUUCCCCGUCUCUCCCUCACGCCCCCCGCCGCUGCCACCGCCGGUUCCGCCCCCUCGCCAUCCCCUCCGUCUCCGUCCCCCCCACCUCCACCCCCUCUCUUCUCCAACUGGUCCCCGCCGCGCGCGAUCUGGCGGGGGCUCUCCGCGCUGCUCCUCGCGGGGCAGGUCUUCCACCGCGUCCUCACGGGCCGCAUCCACCGCCGCAACCUCCUGGCGCAGCUCCGGCGCGUGGGGCCCGGGAGCGCGGGGGUGUCGCUCCUGACCGCCGCCUUCGUCGGCAUGGCCUUCACCAUCCAGUUCGUGCGCGAGUUCACCCGCCUCGGCCUCCACCGCUCCGUCGGCGGCGUCCUCGCCCUGGCGCUCGCCCGCGAGCUCACGCCCGUCGUCACCGCCGUCGUCGCCGCGGGGCGAGUCGGGUCGGCCUUCGCGGCCGAGCUCGGCACCAUGCAGGUGUCCGAGCAGACCGACACCCUGCGCGUCCUCGGCGCGCAGCCCAUCGACUACCUCGUCGUGCCCCGCGUCCUCGCAUGCGUGCUCGCGCUCCCCGUCCUCACCCUCAUCAGCUUCGCCCUCGGGCUCGCCUCCUCGGCGUUCCUGGCCGACGCCGUCUUCGGCGUCAGCACCAGCAUCAUCCUGGAGUCGGCUCGCAAGGCGCUAAGGCCGUGGGACUUGAUCAGCUCCCUGAUUAAAUCCCAGGUGUUCGGGGCCAUUAUCGCGGUGGUCAGCUGCGCAUGGGGCGUCACCACCCAUGGGGGCGCAAAGGGCGUCGGCGAGUCCACAACAUCCGCAGUGGUCAUUUCUUUGGUCGGAAUUUUCGUUGCGGACUUCGCUCUCUCCUGCCUCUUCUUCCAGGGUGGUGCUGGUGAUUCGCUCAAGCAUGCCAUGGGUUAAGGCAGCAGGACCAUAACACAGCAAUUUUUUUUUUGCUUCGUGGAGGCAUAGUUUAGUGUUGUACAUUGACGAGGUGGUGUAGUGGAUUCAAAGAGCUCAGCAUUGUAACUUCAGCUACACUCCAGUAGUGACAGCUGGUAGGCGGCCUGAUGCUCUAGGAGCAACCUUAACCUGGUGCUGGUGGAGGUAUGCCUGGCCAUGGGGCAUUACAAGGUGGCCGUACUUGGAUCUUCCUCCACCUGCAUUGUAUGCCUGACGCAGAUGCUGAGGGAACCGUUUGUUGGCAAGAGGAGCAAUGGAGCCUAUAUGCUGCAUUGCGGAUACUGUUGAUGCUGCUAUAGGCAAUGGUGCUACUUAUAGUGAUUGUGAUUCCAGAAGGCACCUGUUUUUUCAACAUUCUUCAUAGACUUCUAGUCUGGUAGUUGGAGUGUACGCCUCUUAAUGUCUAAACGAGUGUGCUGACGAAAUUAUUUGGUCUACAGGCAGCUGAAUUUGGUGUUUGAGCUGUUGAGCUGGAGUCAGUUGCACACGGCAGAUCAAUUAUUUUGUUCCAGGACAUUUAAGUUUCUAAAUUUUGUGUUGGAGAUAUUCUUUGGCUUGUAAAGAGCUUUGAUUCUGAAUUUUAUGUUUGAGCCUCCGAGUACCUACACAUUGCAAAUGAUCAUUCGGUUCAAGAAAAACACGGCCUGGAUGCCAAAUUCACAUGGCAUGUCA